CCGUAGCGGGAGGUAGUGAGGAAUACACGUUACCAUCGUUAGAAGAAGUGAUCCAGUCGGUUCAUGAUUUGGAUGUACAACGCGUCCUCAGGAUGUAUAGCGCUCAACACGAAGAGGUACCCCCAGGAACGCCUCACGUGCGAGUCAUCGUGACAUCCACGUGGCGCAGCGGCUCCACCUUCCUCGGCGAGAUCCUGGCCUCCCACCCCGGCGUCUACUACCACUACGAGCCCCUCAUGCCUUACGGGCUGCAGCAACUCCACCCCGGCCCCAUGCAGGACGAGGUCCAGGGCUUGCUGCAGACAAUCCUCAAGUGCGACUACCACAACCUGGACGAGUACCUUAAGUUCGCCUACGUGAACCACGACAUGUUCAUGCGGAACACCCGCCUGUGGUCCAUGUGCAGCGCCAUGCCGAGGACCAAGUGCUACAACGCGGACACCCUGGCGCGCCUGUGCUCGCUCUUCCCCGUGCACGUGAUGAAGGUGGUGAGAGCGAGGCUGGAGCUGCUGGCGCCGCUGCUCCGGGACCCCACCGUCAAGCUGGUGUGGCUGGUGCGCGACCCGAGGGCGGUGAUGAGCUCCCGCGCCAGCAGCGUCACCUGGUGCGACACCCUCGCCUGCAAGGACCCCGGAUACCUGUGUUCGGAUCUCAUGCUGGACUACAGAACCUACCUGUUGCUGCAGGAGGAGCGGCCCGACCAGGUGCUGCUGGUGCGCUACGAGGACCUGGCGCGAGACCCCUACGGGAAGAGCCGGGAGGUCCUCGAGUUCGCCGGCCUGACUUUCCACAAGAGGGUGCGGGAGUACCUGGACGACCACCUCACCUCCGACGAGGACGAGCCCUGGAGCACGCGCCACGACCCCAAGACCCGCGUCGGCAGAUGGAUGAAGCUCAUGAAAUUCGACGACGUGGUGAGGACGCAAUACCACUGCAAGGCUAUCAUGAAGAACCUCGGGUACCGGCUCUUCGCCUCGCCCAACGACAUGGACGCCGGCAACGCUGUAGGCCAUCUCAACCUCCCUUGAUCUCGUCGCGACGGGGAAACCCAAGAACGCUCGUCUUCAGCUCGAGUGCCAGGGACGUGGAUAUACUAAUCGGCGGUACCUGUGGCACGCGUACCCUAAGCACCAACUAUCCCUCAGCACAGAUAGCCAUGGCGCUUGUACCCUCAA